AUGUCCACGACAUGCACGACCACAGCGCAUCACGCGUUGUCGUCCCACGUGCUCUUCUGCAAUUCAAAGAGGACCGCAACAACAACAACAACAACAACAUCGCGAAGACGACUUCGGGCGAUGACUUCCUGCCCAUCGUCUUCCCCAAAAGGAGUGGAUAACGCCGCCUCUUCGACGGACUUACCUCCUCUCCCAAACCUGGCGGAACUCGCGGAUACCGCUCGAAUAAAAAUCACAAAGGAAGAAAUCUCCGACUGGGAACCGAAAAUCAACGCCAUCGUCGGAUGGUUCGGGCAAUUGAACGACAUCGACAUCGAGAAAGAGUGGGAGAGGUUAGGGAAAUUGCAACUGAGUCAAGAGGAGCUGGAGAGAGAGAUGCGCUUGCGAUUGAAAUCGACCAUCGACGAAGGGGGCAUCGAGUUCGAUCGAGAGGAGUUAUUAAAUAAGGCGAAGAACUUUGAUAAAGGGUAUUUCCGAACGCCGAGGAUUAUGGGGAGCAGUAGCAGUAGUAGUGAUAGCGAGAGUAGCAGUAGUACCAGUACGAGUAGUAGCGAAAGGAGCGCGGCUGACGACGACGCGGGGUCCGCAGUGGAACAGUUGAAAGCGUCCGCUGCUGCCGGAACGAGUGGACCAGCGCAAGCGUUGAACGAUGACUUGCUCGGUUUCAAUUUGGUGGUGGGUGAAAUCGUGUCGUGCGAACAGCACCCGGAUCCGGAAUCGAGCAAGUUGUUGGUCUCUCGAGUCGACUGCGGCGAGCCCGAACCGCGAUCGGUCUGUUCCGGCAUCGCCGCGCAUUACGCAAACCCUCAAGAUUUAGUCGGCAAAAAAGUAGUCAUCGUCGGUAAUCUGAAAGCACGAAACAUGAAAGGCGUGCAAUCGCACGGCAUGUGCCUCUGCGCGUCGAACGAGGAUAAAUCAAAAAUCGAAGUCGUCGAAGCUCCCGAAAACUCUUCCCCGGGCGAACGACUCACCUUUUCCGGUUUCAUCGGGGACAAAAUGCCCGACAUUCACGGCGAAAACAAAGUCGUAAAGAAAAAGUUAUGGGAUAAAGUCAAAGACGGUUUCAAUUCCAACGCGGAAGGGAACGUGAACUGGUUCGGUUCGGAUUUAAUCGGCGUCAACGGGAGCGUCAAAGCGCCUUCGCUGAAAUCCUGCCGCGUCGGUUAA